AGGCAGGCGGGCAGCGGGGAGUGAGGCACACAGGGGAGGCGUGGGGCUGAGGUGCAGCUCGAUGGGACGGGCCCCCUGCCCUGGACAGAUGCAGUGCCAAACUUGAUGCCACCCUCCAGCCUCUCUGGAUUGAAGAGGGGAUGGCUGUGGCCACAGUUCCAAAGCACUCCUGGCCCCCGUGGCCCCCCCUCCUUUUCCUGCUCCUCUUGCCUGCGGGGAGCAGCGGAGGCUGCCCUGCUGUGUGUGACUGCACCUCCCAACCCCGGGCAGUGCUCUGUGCUCACCGACGACUGGAGGCUGUACCGGGGGGACUCCCGCUGGACACCGAGCUUCUCGACCUGAGUGGGAACCGCCUGUGGGGGCUUCAGCGGGGAAUGCUCUCCCGCCUGGGGCUUCUCCGGGAACUGGACCUCAGCUACAACCAGCUGUCCACCCUGGAGCCGGGGGCCUUCCAGGGCCUGCAGAGCCUACUCACCCUGAGGCUGCAGGGCAACCGGCUGCGAAUCAUGGGGCCUGGGGUCUUCUCAGGCCUGUCCGCCCUCACGCUGCUGGACCUCCGCCUCAACCAGCUCGUCCUCUUCCUCGACGGAGCUUUCAGGGAGCUAGGCAGCCUCCAGCAGCUGGAAGUGGGGGACAACCACCUGGUGUUUGUGGCUCCGGGAGCCUUUGCAGGGUUGGCCAAGCUGAGCACCCUCACCCUGGAACGCUGCAACCUCAGCACCGUGCCUGGCCUGGCCCUGGCCCGCCUCCCUGCACUAGUGGCCCUAAGGCUCCGAGAACUAGAUAUUGAGAGGCUGCCAGCAGGGGCGCUACAGGGCCUGGGACAGCUGAAGGAGCUGGAGAUCCACCACUGGCCAUCUCUGGAGGCUCUGGAGCCUGGGAGUCUGGCUGGGCUCAAUCUCAGCAGCCUGGCCAUCACCCGCUGCAAUCUGAGCUCUGUGCCCUUCCAAGCACUGCACCACCUGAGCUUCCUCAGGGUCCUGGAUCUCUCUCAGAACCCCAUCUCAGCCAUCCCGGCCCGGAGGCUCAGUGCCCUGGUACGGCUCCAGGAGCUCCGACUGUCAGGGGCCUGCCUCACCUCUAUCGCUGCCCACGCCUUCCAUGGCCUGACUGCUUUCCACCUCCUGGACGUAGCGGAUAACGCCCUACAGACACUGGAAGAAACAGCCUUUCCUUCUCCAAACAAGCUGGUCACCCUGAGGCUGUCUGGUAACCCCCUGACCUGUGACUGCCGCCUCCUUUGGCUGCUCCGGCUCCGCCGCCACCUGGACUUUGGCACUUCCCCCCCUGCCUGUGCUGGCCCACAGCACGUCCAGGGGAAGAGCCUGAGGGAGUUUUCAGAUAUCUUACCUCCAGGGCACUUCACUUGUCAACCAGCCCUUAUCCGCAAGUCCGGGCCAAGGUGGGUCAUUGCGGAGGAGGGGGGGCAUGCUGUUUUCUCCUGCUCUGGAGACGGUGACCCAGCCCCCACUAUCUCCUGGAUGAGGCCUCAGGGGGCUUGGCUAGGAAGGGCUGGGAGAGUAAGGGUCCUGCAGGACGGGACACUGGAGAUCCGCUCUGUGCAGCUGCGGGAUAGAGGGGCCUACAUCUGUGUGGUCAGCAACGUAGCGGGAAAUGACUCCCUGAGGACCUGGCUGGAAGUAAUCCAAGUUGAACCCCCAAAUGGCACUCUCUCUGACCCCAACAUCACCAUGCCAGGGAUCCCAGGGCCUUUCUUCCUGGAUAGCAGAGGUGUAGCUAUGGUCCUGGCAGUCGGCUUCCUCCCCUUCCUCACCUCGGUAACCCUCUGCUUUGGCCUCAUCGCCCUCUGGAGCAAGGGCAAAGGUCAGGUCAAACAUCAUAUGACUUUUGACUUUGUGGCACCUCGUACCUCUGGGGAUAAGAACUCUGGGGGUAACCGUGUUACUGCCAAGCUCUUCUGACCCUUCCUUCCGCACUGGGGACCCAUUCAAGCCAGCUCCAGAUACCACGGGGGAAUAGAACCAAGGCUGCUUGGACCAGAACCUCGUCCUGAACAGCAUAGAUCUCCCAUGCCUCCUGCCUGCACCACGCCAGCAGCUAAUGCUGCCUCCUGAAAGUCGGUCUCCCUGGGCUUUUGCAGUUUGAGGAUAGCGUUGUCAUCUCUCCCCUGAGGGUACCAGGAAGCUGAAGAUGUAGCCCCUGUAGUCACAUGGCCCUCCCCUCACCACACACAAAGCAGGAAACACAACCCUCCAAUCUGCUAGCCUAAGCUCCAGGCUUUCUUCACACACUCACACAUAGCCUUAACAACCACACCGGCUGCCAACCACAGCUAUGAGCUUAUUUCUGAGGUGGGGCUGGGACAUGCCACUUGCUUCGUGGAGUCUCUGCUCCUCAACCGGGCCCUCUCCUUCUUGCUUUCUGCUCUGUCCUCUCCCUGGGCACAAGGAACUAGGGCCAAGGCCCUCAGGCAGGAGAAGUGGAUGUGAGCCUGGGACAGGGGAGGACAGACUUCCCACUGACACUGGUCUGCAUGAGCACCCUCCCGCCCCUGCCUCUGUCCGUCACAUCAUUAAACCUGCUGCCAAAAGGCCAUGACAGUAGCAGCCACAACUGAA